UGAGAGAGAGCCUGAAAAUAAAGAAAAGGAGGGGGCAAAGGAUGGAGCCUUCGGGAUCCCAGGCAGGAACUGGAGGGAAAACAUUUCCAGAGACAAACUGAUGGCGGUUGGUUAAGUAGGCCUCGAACCACUCGAGAGCGGUCCCACGAGGUGGAUCAGGGAGGAGAGGCCAUGGAGGAGGUGUUUAACUGUAUCGAAUGCAGUGGAGUGGUACAGAAGGACAAGGAGGCAGAGGGAGCCCUGGUCACAGAGAGAGAGGACAUUAUCUGUGACUUUGACACACGCUGUAUCUGCAUUGUGGGCAAGGCGGAACCCAGCCUGGAGGAGCUCGUAUAGGGAGUGGAGAGCAAGUGUCCUGAUGUGUCUUCCAUCUGAAAGACCGUAGUUGUUGUUUGGGGACAGCAUGGCAGAAGAGCUGGCAAAACUGACCUUUCGCCGUCUGGAACCAGCUGUCCAGAAAUUUGUUAAAGUCGCAAUUCCAACAGACUUGGAACGGUUAAAGAAGCAUCAGAUAAAUAUUGAGAAGUACCAUCGAUGGAGUCAGUGGGGCAAGCUGCACCAGGAGCACAUCAAUGCAAGUCGUACUGUGCAGCAACUGCGAGCUAACAUGAAAGAGAUGGAAAAGUUGUUCUUGCGAGUAAGAGCGGAAGAUUCACAAGCUUUGGAGAGAAUUGUGAGUCCCGUAAAGGAGCAAGCAGCAGCAGCAGUGACAGAGUUUCUGAAGCUCCAUUCGGAGUUUGAAGAAGUGUCAAAUCCCCAGUGUAAUGUGGGCGACCAACCACCUGGACCUGGAUCUCCUCUCUUGCAGUCCCACAGCUUGGACGACACAUUUAUUCGUUCCCAAGAAACCAGCUCAGACUUACCCCUAGCCCAGAUGCACAUGCCACUGCCAGUCAUUCCUCAGCAAGAAGAUGCUGCAGAGUCUUGGGAGAUGUUGGAAGAGAACUUAAUUGAGCUUAACAAUUUGGUAACUGAAUUUUCUCAGCUGGUUCAUACCCAACAGGAGAAGAUUGACAGCAUUGAAGACCAUGUCAGUACUGCUGCUGAGAACGUUGAAGAGGGAACCAGGAGCCUAGCUAAGGCCGCUAAAUAUAAACUGGCAAUGUUGCCUGUGGCAGGUGCUCUCAUUGGUGGGUUGGUGGGGGGUCCUGUUGGGCUCCUGGCUGGCUUCAAAAUCAUGGGAGUUGCAGCUGCAGUCAGUGGAGGGGUACUUGGCUUCACAGGUGGCAAGAUGUUGCAGAAGAAACGGCAGCAGAAGAUAGACAAAGAAGUUCAACUUUCUUCAAGCUGCCCAGAUCUGAAGAAUUGAAGCUUCAGAAAAAUCUGGCUGAAUUCAAGGCCACAACAAAUUGAACACCAAGAGGAUGGAGGGUUAAAGAAAUAAUUUGCAAACAACUGUCUCCAGGCUGAGCAGACGAUGUUUAGUGAAGGUGUAUAUUGUACUGCAAGAUGUCAGUACAAUUUACCUACAAACAGAGACAGUGCUGGCAUCUGAAAUUCAGACUGAAGGCUUGCACAAGCUGUAUUGAACACUAAUAUUGACAUUUGCCUUCAAACAAAUAUGUGAACAGGAAUGUUACAAAGCCAUGUUAUAAAUAUCUAUUAGCUCCAGUAAUUGGAAUGUUGAUUUUGUACAUUUUUAAUUUUUUUAUGAAUAAAAUGUUUACU